AUGAGUUUCUCAAUAGAGGUCCCGGGUGAGGCAAACCCCCUUACUUUGCAAGGUCUGUUCCGGACCUUGCAACUUGCCAUUGCCCCGGACUAUGCUCAACGCCAAUCCGCUGGCCAGCAACUAUCGUCGUGGGAAUCCCAUGCCGACUACUAUCCAUCUUUACAGCUCGUCUUUCUUGACAGGUCCCUCCAGCGCGAAAUCCGAUUACUUGCCAUCACACAACUCAAGAACGGCAUCGACAAGCAUUGGCGACAUCACACACUGCAGAAUGCCAUCCAGCCUGCCCAAAAGGAGCAAAUCCGAUCCCGCCUCUAUCAAGGCAGCAUAGGCGAGGAGGACCAACAGCUGGCUUUACACAAUGCCUUGGUUGUUGCGAAGGUCACUAGAAUCGAUUUUCCCCAGGCAUGGCCCGAGGCAAUGUCCAGUCUGGUCUUGUUGCUUCGGGAAACGAAAGAUAAUUCUUCGAGCCUCGGCGGGGCUUUGGUUAUACUGCUGCGAGUCGUGAAAGAGCUGGGCACCGCACGUCUACGGAAGUCCCAGACGGCCUUACAGUCUGUGACACCUGAGCUGGUAUAUCUGCUGGGCGAGAUCUACACGAAUAGCACAACUGCCUGGAUCGCCUUCUUGACAAAUGGCCAGGGCGAUGAGGAUGCUGCCGAUCAGGCCAUGCAGAACAGUUUGACGGCAUUCAAAACCCUGAGACGACUUCUGAUUGUCGGCUAUGAGGACCCGCACAAAGACAACACAGUCCAACAAGCCUGGAGUUUGUCGCAAGCCCAAUUUGGUCAGUUCCUGGGCUUUGUGAGUCAUGACUCCCCCAUACCAGCGCCGUACCUCGAUGUCGUUGGAAAGCACAUGAUGCAGUUCACCAAAUUGCAUCUGGAAAUGUCUCAGACGCACCCCGCAAGCUUCGCCUCCCUACCAAAUUCGCUGGAUCUCGUAAGAUCAUAUUGGGACCUGGUGGCCAAGUUCGCCGAGGUAUUUACCAAGUCUGGGGGCUUACGUCAGGAAUCAGAUGGCGAGACCAAGUCCAAGGUGGAAGGCCCCCUACUCGAGAAGCUUGCCCUCAAAGGUCUGCUUUUGUGUCGAGCUUGCGUCAAGAUGGUAAACCAACCAAAACAAACGUUCAAGUACCGCUCAAAAGAGGCUAGGUCAGAGCAAGAUGGUCUAGUUGGACACGUAAAAAAAGACUUGCUUAAGGAUGAUUUCAUCGUCCAGAUGGCCAAUGUCAUAAUAUCGCAUCUUCUCGUUUUCCGAGCAGCAGAUCUUGAGGCCUGGGAAGAGAACCCUGAAGAAUGGGAACAGCAGGAAGAAACGCAAGGUAGUGCCUGGGAGUGGGAAGUUCGUCCGUGUGCUGAAAACGUGUUGAACCUGCUUCUCGUCAACUACAAGCACCUACUCAUACAACCCCUGAUGGCAUAUUUCGACACUGCAAGAAACCCCCAGGCCGACGUCAUGGUGAAGGAGUCCGUCUACACUGCGCUCGGAUUAGCGGCUUCUCAUCUAGAGAAGCAGUUCAACUUUGACGAAUUCCUGAAAUCGACUUUAGUGAGCGAUGCUCAACAACAAGGACCUCUCUGCAAAGUACUUCGACGCCGGAUUGGCAUAUUGAUCAGUCAGUGGGUGCCUGUGGGUAUCUCCAAAGAGGGCCGUCCAUUGAUCUAUGAGAUUUAUGGACACUUUCUCAACCCCAAUGAUAAUAAUAACGAUAUUGUUGUGCGUAUAACGGCGGCGAGACAGUUCAAAAUGGUGGCGGACGAUUUUGCCUUCGAGGGGAAAAUCUUCACCCCUUAUGCACAGGGUGUUUUAUCAGAGCUCAUCAAAUUACUGCAUCAAACAGACAUCGACGAGACGAAGCUUGCUAUUCUUGAUACCACGAAGGUCAUUAUUGAACGGAUGGAAACAUACGUUAACCCAUUUGCAGACCUCGUCGUAUCGGCACUUCCCGCUAUCUGGGAAACCGGGAGCGAACUUAGCUUUAUGCUGAAGCAGGCCGUACUUACCAUCCUACAAUCUCUAGUGAUGUCCAUGAGACAAGAGUCGCAGCGAUUCCAUGCAAUGACAGUACCUCUGAUUGCCGACGCUGUGAGAGAAGACUCUGAUGUUUUUGUCUAUCUCAUUGAUGAGUCUCUGGAGCUUUGGAGCAACAUUUUACACCAAAGCACAAUACCCUUGUCUCAGGAGCUCCUCACCCUGGUCGAGGCAGCCUUGAGACUACUCAACGACCACACUGAACACCACCUCAUCUACCUUACAAUCACCGGGUCGUAUGUACUUUUGGCGCCUCAAGUUAUGCUUGAGGAGCGCUGGCGGCAACCACUGUUAAAGGGUCUGUCUGAGACAUUCUCAUGGCAACAGUCACGAGAGCAGCAAAAUUCUGCAACGAAAUAUAUUGAAUAUCUUACUCGUUAUGCUGAAGAGCUUGGCGGUCUUGACGGUGUCAAAGUUGUCGUUCAAGAUAUGGUGUCUUGCGGCUUCUUGCCGCAUAUGUUCGAAGGCAUUCACGAUGCUUACAUCGCGCGUCAAACCUCAGGCCCGAAGAGGAAACAGCCCAAGGUCAACAAUCUCACGCUUACCGACUAUUUCAGUAUCCUAUCUCGCAUAGCCGUGAUCGAUCCCACCGUCUGUGUCGAACUACUUGCAUCGCUGGGACCACUUGAUCAGGUAUGGGCCUGGCUAAGUGCCGAGUGGUUUGGUAGCUUUGAUUGCAUGUCGAACGAUACAAGACGAAAGCUGAACCUUCUCGGUCUCACUCGCCUUAUGGAACUUGGCCAGCCAAUGCAGGACUUGAUUCUAUCAAAGCUGCAAGACUACUUUGCCAUGUGGACCAGCGUGAUCACACCAAUCCUCGGCGAAGAAGAUCCCACGCAAGAUUUGUUGGUCAUAACCGAACCGCUGGAAGCGACUGAGUGGGAUACACCAAAGGAGCUACGAGAGAGGGCAUUGAGGGAGAGCGACCCAGUCAACCGGGUGAACGCUCUUACCUUCGUCAGAGAUACGCUAGCCGGUUUGGCGCAAAGAAUCGGCGAGCAAACUGUACAAGAACACGUUGCCAACGUCGAUGCGGAUGUGCUCGGUAGUUAUCAAAGGUUGGGCCAGCCUCAAGUUCACUCAUAG